CGCACUUCGAAAAGUUUCAGAACAUUGCGAGCGUUGUCAAGAAGGGCACAGCAGAUCCUACUGGUUUAUGCCGCUGACCUAACUUUGAUUUGGGGAAUAAACAUAUAGCCACCUGUCAUAAGCAACUGCUCCGGCUGUCAUAACGCAGAAAAUCGAGGGGAACGCUUAGGUGCACAGCUAUAGCGCCUUGAGAGGAUAACAAGUUGACCCACGAAAGCGCACGGGCGUACUUCGCAACCAAGUUCACACACCUGUUGCGAGAACGAAACAGGUCUGUAUUGAUAUUGUAAACGCUAAUCUACGUUAAUGAGUGUAUUAUACAGCCUGGAUUCGCAGUGCGUCUCACCACCAUGCAAUAUGAGCUGGGCGAUGGAGCCUGCCAACUUCUACGACAGUAAGCUGAGCACUUUGCACGGGUCCUGCAAGCCCGGCCGAGAUGGGGUCACCGGGGAGGACAGCCACCUGGCCGAGCUCAGCACCGCUCCGGCGAUGUACGACGACGAGAGCGCCAUCGACUUCAGCUCCUACAUCGACUCCAUGUCCUCCGUGCCGAACCUGGAACUCUGCAACGACGAGCUGUUCGCCGACCUGUUCAACAGCAGCGUGAAGCAGGAGAAAGCCGACUUCAACUACCUGCCAAACACUACGUCAGGCGUCAUGCAGCUGUCGUCCGGCGGGUCCGCUGUCAGCAUGAGCGGUCACAAGGACUUGGGGAGGAAACAGGAUGUCGGUUUUGGGAAGGGGCUCUACAACGCGCCCAUCAAACAGGAAUCAGACUGGAGUGACAGCGAGGUGUCCUCUUCCUUGCCAUCGCAGAUUGAAACGUGCGCGCAGACCGCCGUGAGUCUGCACACCGGGCAGCCUACCCCGCCGACCACUCCGGAGCCCUCCUCGGUUCAACCCACCGCCACCCGAAAAGUCACUAAGGAAAAAGGGAAGAAGUGCGUCGACAGGUACAGCCCAGAGUACCGCCAGAGACGCGAGAGGAAUAACAUCGCGGUCAGAAAAAGCAGAGACAAGGCGAAGCAGAGGAAUUUGGAAAUGCAGCAAAAAAUGAUUGAAUUGGGGGCAGAGAACGAGCGAUUGCACAAAACCAUUGAACAGCUAACGCGCGAGCUGACAAGCCUCAGAAACUUCUUCAAGCAGCUUCCAAACUCCUCCUUUGGGGGUACCGCCGCCGUGGACUGUCGGUGACACGCGAAACAUCCCCCGGUUUGAUAUUUAUGGACUUUAAAUAAACAUACCUCAACGAUGUCUAUUAACCAUCUGUAGCAAACGUACUGUAACGUUACAUGAGAUGAACUUUAUGGCAUUGAAAAUGGUACCCAAUAUUUUCAUAUAAUUAAUGCAUAUGAUACUGCAGUCAUCACUAUUCGGGAAAAAUGUUUUUACUAUUUUAA